AUGUCCAAAAUUAUCAACUGCCGAAGAUAUCUCCGGAUGCCCGAAUGUUACUCUGUCUGUGCUUCCAGUUAUUCGGAUGUCCUCAGAUUUCUAGAUAUCAAUACUUACAAAAUCUCCUGGGAAGAUUGGUCGACCGAGGAGGAGUUCUGCCAUCACUGUUCCAGCAGACCAGACAUCAAUCGAGUUCGUGUAGUUAGUGGCUCCAAAAAUGAGCUCCGGAGCACGAUAGUAACGGGAGCAGAUAGCUUCAAAACUCCAGUCUCCGGGUCGAUGAGCAGAUUCUGUGGUUUAAUGUCACGAUGGCAGAUUCCGAUUCCAUGGAUUUUAAACAUCAAUUUCAGAAGUGAUGGAGACAGCAGUAAGCGGUGCGAAGCUAUGGGGUAUCGGAGAAGAGAUACCGAGAUGAAGAUCGUUCGCCGGAAGCUUCUAGAUGGUGUCAGCGGUGUUCUCGAAAGAUGGGCGGCUCCUAUGCAAAAUGGAAGCGAUGACACCCGAAGAAUCGUCGCCGGACAAAAUCAGACACCGCUGAUCGAUAUCUGGGAUGUUCCGCCAGAUUUUGCAUUGAUUCCGCCCAUUUUUGAUCCACUUAAUACUCAAAUUGGCUGA